UCAGCACCUCUCCUCCUCCCCUCCCUUUCAAACUAUAUGAUGCUGCUCAUCACCAAUACAACACUCAGAAACGAGCUGGAAGUCAUCAGUUCCUAAGUCAAAGCUCUCAGCCUGAACUUACAAAUACAGAUUUCUUCUUUAAAACCUUAUUUUCUUCCUUCAUUUGAGCAACAUGACUGGAACAGCAGUGGUUCUGAUGAGUCUGGUCCUCAUCCUCUCUGUAGGUGCAGAGGAUAAAUCAAGACUCUACCGCAGGCCUGCAUGUGGAGGUCUGAGUGUCAGUCAAGCAUGCCCUCUCAACUACUCUCCUGUAUGUGGUAAUGAUGGCAUCACAUACGUCAAUGAAUGCACCCUGUGUGUGCAGAGGAUGCACACUAAUGCAGACAUUUUGAUUGUGAAAGAAGGCCGCUGCUGAGGUGGAAGACCUUAUCAUCACUUUGCUUUUUAUAUCUAUGUUUGUUUAAGAGUGUUGCUUGCUCUGCUCAUCCAUAGGAUGUGAUCAGUAUACCUAUAAACAAUAGAUUUGUGAAAACCUACUGCAUUCAGCUUCAUGACAUCUGAGUGACUGAGUUAAUAGUGUAGACUGAGUGUUUGUUUUUCUAUUCAGUAUUUUUUUUAAACAAUACUGUCCUGUCUUUCUCUUUCCAUAUUAUAAAUUUCUCCCAUUGUUUCUGUAGGAACUGCUCUGAGUGCAAUGUUUUAGGGGAUGAAGUUUUGGAGUUACAGCUUAUUUUCCUAAUUAUGUAAAAAAAAAAAAAAAAAAAAAAAAAACUCUAACAAAAAUUUACAUGAUAACAGAAGAUAAGUUGUGGGAAGACCAUUUAUACCUUGACUGUACAUUUUUUAAUCUAAUAAAAUAAA